UCGCUGCAGACGGAGGACUGGGGGCAGUUCAUGCACAUCUGCGACGUGAUCAGCGCGACGGAGGAGGGGCCUAAAGAUGCAGUUAAAGCGCUAAAGAAAAAGCUUUCAAAAAACUGUAACCAUAAGGAGAUCAGGCUUACCCUGUCUCUGCUUGACAUGUGUAUAGAGAACUGUGGCCCAAGAUUCCAGUCUUUGGUUGUGAAGAAAGAUUUCUGUAAGGACAAGCUGGUAAAACUACUGAAUCCAAGAUAUAAUCUGCCAAUUGACAUGCAGGAGAAAAUCUUGUCCUUCAUCAUGACGUGGGCCCGAGGUUUCCCAGGAGCUGUGGAUGUGAGCGAAGUCAAAGAAGUUUAUCUAGAACUGCUGAAGAAAGGAGUGGAGUUUCCAUCUUCUGACACCAGCAGAGGGGAACCUAAGGUGGGGCCUUCUACAAAGUCAUCACCAUCUUCUGCUAAUUCUCCAAAACAGCUUUCGCCACCUCUUACCACAGGCCCAACUCUGUUGUUGACUCCUGAUCAGAUCGGGAAACUGUACAGUGAACUGGAUAUAACAAAAAUGAAUGUGAGAGUCAUGUCAUCAAUACUGAAAGAAAAUGUUCCUGGCUCUGAAAAUCCAGAUGACAUGAAUCUUUUACAGAAACUGUAUAAGACCUGUCGGAUGAUGCAGGAGAGGAUCAUGGAUUUGUUGGUGACGGUGGAGAAUGAAGAUGUGAUAGUUGAGUUAAUACAAGUAAAUGAAGAUCUGAAUGAUGUCCUCCUGGGACAUGAGAGGUUCUCCCGAAACAGAGUUCGUUUUUUGGAGAAUCAGAGGAUACAACGUGAGCGCGCAGAGCUGUACAGGAAACAACCAUCUGCUCCCUCAAGUGAUCUACUUGACCUCUCCUUGGAUUUGCCAUCUGCUGUGUCUGCAGUGGUGCUAAUUGACUCUGCAGCAUCUCCUUCAGGCCAUGGCAUAUCUGCACACCCUGAAGACAAAACCAGGCACCAUCCAUCAAUUUAUCCACAGCUAGAUUUAGCUCAGCAAUUCCCAUUUGCAACUGAAGCAGAAAAAAAUAGUGUAAGUGACCCAGCCGGACACAUAUACAGCAAUCUGUCGACUGUCUUAAGCCCAGUGCCUCUGAAUCCAGGACAAACUACACCAUCAAAUGGACUGUCAGCAGCAGCUGCAUCAAAGAACAAGGCACAGUCACCUCAUUACUAUGAGAUAAUGGAAUUUGAUCCCUUGGCUCCUACUGAAGCUAUUUAUGAAGAAAUUGAUGAUGUGCUGAAGGCGGAAGCUAAAAAGAACACAGAAUGCUGA